GCGGACCUUCUCUCCGUUUAAAUCACGAACCUCUUCUCUCUUUUCUCUUCUCCCUCGCCUCUCCUUCAUACCCGCAGCCCACCUGUCGCCUUCUUCGAUGCUCGGCCCGCGCAUAGCCUCGUGGAUCCUCGAGUUUGUCCUCCGCCGGCCCGUCGAAGACUGGCUGGCGAACGAGCUUCUCUUCGCCCUCCCCCUCCCCUCCCCCCUCCCUCCUCGACUCAAAAAAACCCUUCUUCUCCGCCGCCUCUCCUCCGACCUCUCCCUCCGCUCCCUCUCCGACCGCACUCUCCUCUCCCUCGAGCUCAUCGAAGAGCUCGACCGAUCCGCCGGCGCCGACGCCCCCUCCGACUCCCUGGCCGCCGCCUACGCGGCCGUCGCCGUCGAGUGCACCACCCGGUUACUCCGGAGGCGCUCCGAGGACGACCGCGGCGGGAACUUUUUCGAUGCCGUCAACCGGAUCUGGAGCUGCCGGGUGGCCGACCUCGAGCGGUCGGAGGCCGCCGGCCUGGUCUCGGCGACGCUGAGGGAGGCGAGGAAGGAGAUGGAGGAGGCCGUCGUCAACCCCAUCGUGAGGGUCGAUCUCAUGGGGAGGGAUACGAAGAUGGCGGCUUUGGACGCGGUUAGGGUUUACUUGGAGGAGGCUGAGAAGGAGAUGGGGCCUCCUUAUCUAGAGCGCGUAGCGGAAGCAAUCAGCGAGGACUGGAGGAGGAGCUUAGGAACUGGGAGUGAUGGCUCUGUGGGGGAAUUGGAUGUGAUGUUGCGAAAUUUAUUAGCCGGUCGGGUCGAAGAUGGGAGAUGCGACGGUCUACCUGAUGGUGAUAGAGCAAAAUCAUCUGGAUUGCUGGAAUUAGAGAAGCUUGAGGGGAGUGUGCUGGGUAGGAGUAAGGAUGCACCUGAACAAGGCGGAUGCUCUACUGACAAAUUUGAAUGCUUGCCUGCCGCCGCCACUGAAGUUAUGAAAAUGAAGUAUGUGUUUAGAUCAAGUGUUUUACCUGCUAAAAUAGAUAAUAUGAAAGAAAACCAAAAUCAAAUGUACUUAAAUCCUGUGUUUUCUGUCAAUGACGGUGCUGGUAAGGGGCCUGAAAAUGAUCAUGAUGCAAUGUCUCAGCCAAAUCUUACGGAUCAAGAUCCAUCUUAUUUGAAGCAUGGGGAAGAGAACAGAGAAAGGACAUUCUUGUCUUCUAUUGACAGGGGUACCAAAGAUGGCAAUCCUGGCACCUGUUCAUAUACUAGGGAUAGCAUGGAUCACGCUGGAGCACAGAAGCCAAGUUUAAUGGAUUGGAACCCAACUGCCCGUAAAUUUGAAUGGGAUGAAGAUUCCAUUCUAUCUCCAUCCGAAAAUUCAGCUAAUCCAUCAAAUAAACUUCAGUCCCCAAGCUCAAAGAGAAGAAAAUUAUCUUUACCGCUGGAAGAUAAUAAAACAUUCAUCAUACGUAGAAGAAAAAGGAAAUGGAGUUCGCUGGAAGAGGAGACUUUGAGGAAGGCUGUUGAGAGGCAUGGAGUAGGGAACUGGAAAUUCAUUAAGAGUUGCCAUCCUGAAAUUUUCAAAAACAGAACAGAGGUUGAUUUGAAGGAUAAAUGGAGAAAUAUGAUGAGGUGCGUAUAGUUGGAGUGGAAAGGGGUAAUGGAAGUCAGGUUUUUAUUGAGCUCUUUUUUCUGAGGGCAGCAUGGACAUCCUUAAUCAUCCCUGCUUGGAUGGCAGAAGCCACUGUCUGCUGACAGUUCUGAUCAUGGGGAGUCUUCCUCCAGAGAGGCAAAGGGAGGGAGCCAACGGGGAGCACCAGCAAACCUACGAUCGUGGUUUUUCUGGAUUGGAGAAGUCACAUUGGAAGCAGAUAUCCUUAUCCAAAAUCUAGGAAUAAUGGGGAUGAAAACCUUUCCCUGUCCUUAUAUGGUUCCUUCAUUGGAUUCUUUAGCAAGGGAUCUCCCACUUUUGACCAACUAUCCAAGGACAUCAAGCGCUUCAUCCAAACAGGGCCUUACUGCAUUUUUUGCUAUUGAUUGUCCACCCUGUCUUGAAUGCACAAACUUUUUGUUUAUUAUUCAAGCCUUUGUUGCAAUGCCUCAUGUACCCACCAGUGUUUUUGCUGUGAUUGCUGCUCCAUCCCACAAUGAUUUUAUACAUGAUUACCUCCCUAUCAUAGCAGCUAGCAUCCCCUAUCCCCUAUACAUGAUUUCCCUUAUAACUUUUUGCGUUAUUGGUCAUGCAUUGCCUAAUCUUUUGGGAUGCUAUCAUUGUGCCAUUUUGAAGACUCGUAUCCCAACUGAAGUUACAAUCAGUGAUCUAGGCCCCCCCACCCGCCAAAAAAAAGAAAGAAAAUUCAUAUGGUUCUUCUAAAGUCAGGCUCGGAACCUGCCUCAUUUCCAUCUGCUUUUGAGUGUCAUCAAACUAUAUGGUGUUUAGCAUUGCCUAUCUAAGAAACUAAGUGGCCUUGUUGGUCAAUGUGCCAUCAUUUUUUUAUUGUUGUUGAAUUAUCAAUUUGCCAUAUUUAAGGAUCAAUUCCUGACUGAAGUUGCAAUCAUCAAUCCUAGAACCUUUAGCCUCCCGCCCACUAUAAUAUGUUUCUUCUAAAGUCUAAGUAGAAGCCUACCUCCUUUCUGUCUACUUUUGAGUGUUGUCUACUUUUGAGUGUCAUCAGACUAUAUGACAAAGUUGCAAGUACUCAAUGCUUUUUAUUUCCUAAGCUGUAGUUUUGAUGCAGAACUCGUUUGAUUUUAGAUCCUAUCGAGAGGAUAGUUGAUAUGGUCCUCUUGUCUUCAAGUCAAUGAUAGACUACCUAAACUGAAGAUUUAAAACAUUGAAUAUCAUCUACAUUAUAAUAAAUGUAUAAAAACCAAAAUUCAUGUUUUUAAUGGUCACUAACUUAAUCAUCAAGUAGAUAUCAAAUUGGAAGGUUUUGAUAACAUGAUAUAUUGAUACCAUGUUUACUAUAUUCUAAUCAUCAAAACCAAGUAAAUUUAAAUUUACCCAUGUUUUAAGAUGUGUAGAUCAUGAUCCAUAAAGUGGUUUUGUCAAUUUUUGUGUUACUAUGCUAGUGCAAUUAAUAUUAUUCAUUUUGUACAAACUUUAUGCAUAGAUUAGAGAACCAAAAUAUAAAAAUUUUGGUUUCUAGGCAUUUUUGUAGUAUAGAUCAUACUUACUGGUUUGGAUUUUCAAUUUAGAUGGUUUAUCAUUGAUUUUGAAGGUGAGAGGAUCAUCUUAGUAUCCUCUUGGGAGCACCUUACCUCUACCAACUCUCUCUCUCUCUCUCUCUCUCUCUCUCUAUGUUAUGAGAGAGAGCAAUGCUAGCAAAACCCAAAAAAGGGACAUGCUAAGAGGACUGCUGAUGUGGCUUGCAAAUUUUCAUCACCAUGGCUGACUUGCGGGGCUAGUUGAUGAAAAGUUGAUAAUACAUCAUCUGUUCCCUUUGUCAGUCUCAUGUUAGGGUUCACCAAACACACCAAAUGUAAAGUGUCUGGUAAAAUAUUUGCCCCAAAUUCAUUGACACUUUGACUUAGAAGGAUGUGUUUGUUCAAGAACGAAACCUUCUCAAGUCACAGAUUGGUGGACAUAAAUCUUUUAUAGCCUUGACAAACUUGGUUUAUCUAGUCAUGCUUCUAACAGAGCUCUUCACUAAUAAUUGUGCAUGAACCUCAAGGCAUCUGUUUUGAGGUCUACAUGUAUUUGUAGAACCUGAUGCUUGGCAGGAUGGUGUAAUGCUUUCAUAUUCUGUUUUUUCCUGUCCUCUAUUGUUUGUCUUUAAACCACUGAAGCUGGCGGCAUGAUAUAUCUUCUAUUGCCUCCCUGAGACUUUCUGGAUAUUUAGUCUCAUUUUACAGGGCAUCUCAGCUGAAGACUCCAGAAGCACAGCUCCAAAAGCGUUGUCUUCCUCUCUUAUUCCCUUCUAGAAUGUCCGUUUUCAGGGCUAUGCCGGCACUUCUUUUGUCAAACUGUGUUGAACUGUCUUGCGUCCUCAUCCCACCCAGCCACAUGGAUCGGUUAACCUUGAGGUUUGGUUAUGGCAUCUUUAUUUGAGCCAUUCAAGUUGAACCUGCUAAUUCUGAUGAUUGCCAGCAUUCUGAUCUACAAAUCAAUAACUCUUAUUGGAAGUCUGGAAAAAGUAGGAGACAUCUUCUUGCCGAAGCCUUGGAAUUGGGCAUUUGAUCUCCACUAUUGAGCUAGUCAAACGACUUGUAGAAGGUCUAGAUUGUUACUUCCCCAUCACUGUUUCAAUAAUUCAUCAUCUUGUCGCUGCUUGGUCAUCCACCACACCAGCUAAAUUGAGUCCGUCGUCUCCUCAGGCUUGGGCAUUUGCUUUGAGGGGCUCCCUCGGCUGAACGUUCCACAUGCAGAAUAAAAAAGGUGAGGUGUAUAUUACUCACUUCAUCGAGGCUCGCAAGCCUCUACUCGAGUGUGCUGUCUCCUGCCACAUCUCCCCCCAUCAUCUGUUCCAGUGGUUGCUUUUGUCCUUGAGUUUUUCUGCACCACAAUGAUUGAUGUGUUGAUAAGCGCAGCAUCCCAUCUUACAUCUUCACCUCAAAUUUAGCCAUGCUCAACCUCAUGCUGUCUCUGUAUCCUCCAUCUGAUUCUCAUCACAAGCAAGGAGCAAAACAGGGGAUGUCCAUGUCCCACGCCUCCUGCUGCUGCUACCCAACUCCAUUCCACUGGUCUUGAGAGACAAGAAUGACGAAGGUUACACCAUAUGCGUCAAGCAUGGCCGCUGGUGUGGGAAGACCAAAGAUAAAUCUACACUGCCAAUCUUCCCAGUAGGACCGCUGCUAGCACCUGGGUCCAACAAGGCUGGCCUGGAGCAGCACGAGUGCAUUGAAUGGCUUGACAGGCAGCCAACAGGGUCAGUCAUGUUCUUGUGCUUUGGAAGCUUGGGCUGCUUUUAAUGCUCCACAAGUGAGGGAGAUGGCUUUUGGACUGAAACGGAGUGGGCACCAGUUCAUGCAGGCCUUGCCAUGCGCACUCCAUCAAAGAUUCACCUGCCGACGCCAACCAAUGCCAGCCUUGAUGAGGUAUUAGCUCACAAGGCAGCAGGGGAUUUGCGACCCAUUGUGGUUGGAACUCUUGCCUGGAGAGUUCGUGGUUUGGGGUGCCAAUGCUGCGUGGCCACUUAAAGCUGAGAGGCAUCUGUAUGCAUUUGAGAUGUCAAGGGGAAUGAUGUGGCAUUGGAACUGAGAUUGGAUCAUUGGAAUGGAGGAUUUGUGAGCUCGGAUGAGUUGGAGAGGUGGGGUGAAGUGCUUGAUGGGGGAUGAUGAGGAAGGCGGGAGGGUGAGGGCAAGGAUCAGGGAGAUGAAGGUGGGCGUGCAGGAAGGCCAUUUGGGAAGGAAGAUUCCUUGUUUGCUGCUUCGGAGUGCUUCAAGAAAAAUUUAAAUAAAAACUUGGCGUUACAGUAAUACACUGAAAGUGUUACUAAUCAACUUGCUCUUGCAUGAGUAGUCCUCGUUGUUUUAUUGUCAGUCAUGGAAAAUAUGAUGCAAACAAUCUGUAUCGUGACUUGCAAUUCAUACAAUAAAUGAGCAACUUGUGACCAAGUCUUUGUGAA